AUGCUUAACUCUAAUGACCGACUGCAUUUUAAGCAGCAAGCCAAGAUUACUAAGAUGCUUAGAUACUUGGCUAGAUCUGACAUAAGAGCUGAGGACAAAAAUGCUUUUAGCGAAGAAAGGCCUUGUGAGGUUGUAGUAACAAUUUACAGCCCGACAAGACGACGGCUAGAUCCACCAAAUUUUUAUCCGACAAUUAAAGCACUAAUUGACGGCUACACUGAUGGUGAGCUUUGGAAGGAUGACAACUACAAGAUUAUUAGACGGUUGUCAUUUGUCUAUGGUGGUAUCAGUGAGAUCAAAGGGGUUUUGGUGUUAGCUGGAUGCCGUGAAGCUGACAAGGUUUCGUAUAACGUAAGCAAGGAAGCUGAUAACUUUAAUGAGUACUCUGCGUUGAUACCACUGCUUACACGGACGGAUAAGAUUGAGUUUAAAGUGGAAGGAUUACUCUCAGUCGACACUAGCGACAAGGAAAAAAUCACGAUUAUUGCAGAAACAUCAAAAGGAAAAUAUAAGAAACACUUCGUAAAUCUCACAGGUAAUAACAUGUAUGUUGUUGAAGAUAUUUCGAAAGGCAAGGAUGUCAGCAAGUAUAAAUAUGAAGUCGAGUACAUGCCUGAAAGCAUUGUACCUGUAACAGUAACAAACAAUGAAGAUUGA